UUAGUGGGAUUGCCAUGUAGAUCCACAUUAAAAGCGUUUACUAAACUUUUGAUUAAUUGCACAUUUCCAGGCGCCACCGUUUGCCUUGCAUAUGAACUUGGUCCGGAAAACGGGUUGCAUGUGGGGCAGUCAAUUUUGAUUUAUUUGACAGUCUCCCGAGAUGCAGCAGGCGGUACAAUGCGUUUGACACUUUUCCCAUUUGCAUAAUUCCGCCGAUGGUGCAGGUCGGUGGAACUGGUGAAAUAAUGGCCAGGCAAGUCAAUCAAACUGGUCUGGGUCUGCAAUGGUGGGGCUACUUUUGUCCAGCAGGUGAGCGACCGACCAAAAGUUUUUUAGCUGCAACCAUGUUGUGGUUUUGAUGACCAGAUAUCUGUAUUAUCAUUGAUGGGUCUGAUAAGUCUGUUUAAAAUUAAGCAUUUACAGCUGAAUAAAUGCUUCUCUAUUACAAUUAUCCACCUUGCGGCUACUGUGAGAACUACUUACAAGCAGCGCUCUGGUGGCUCAUUUCGGAAACUGUAAACUAUACAUGUAGAUAGUGCUGGCCCUUUUUCUACACAGAUAUAGCUAAAAAAAAACGUCAGUAAAGGUUCGCAGAAAAAUGUAAUGGCACACGAUUAUUUACACUAAGUAUCAAUAUCAAAUGAGUGUUUUUUCUUAGUUACUUUAAUGGAACUUUCUUCAGUUUGCCUUCGAUUGCGUUAAAAUGAAGUUCAUAUUUCUGUGUAUGGUAGCUUUAAUUUUAGUGGCGUGUGUGGAGUCCAUGAUAUUUGUGAAGAUAUUGCACAAUGAUAAGUAUCCCGGCCAGUGUUACCCCAUUCAUGUGCGAGUGGGUAAAAAGAAGAAAUACGAUGUUUUUGCCCUACAACCUGGCGAGGAAGUCAGUGACCCAAACACCUGCGGCGUACAGGUCUGCAUGACCGCCGCAGGACUUACUUAUGUUUACUAUUGUCCUCGCACUUUGCCGAGCAGUGGCUGCCAGGAAGAUGAAGCCAUGGACACGUUGCUCAAAUUCCCAGAAUGCUGUUGGACUUGUGCCACCAGUAGGGACUGCGAUGAAAGCGAGUCCUUUCCUUCUUAUCCGUAUCCCCCCAAAAUUAGAGAUGAUCAGCCAACAUAAUUAUGCCAAAUUAUUUAUUUUCACAGAAACACCCGAAAGCUAUGAAUUGCAUAAAAACGUAACUUGUUGAUAAAGGUUUUUAUACCAAAAGUCUGAUUAAAUGAAAAACAUUUGAUUUUCCAAAAUAUAGAAA